UUUUUUUCUCUUUUUUUUCUCUCUCUUUUUCUCUCUCUCUCUCUCCUCUUUUCUUGCCUUUUCUUUUUUUUUCUUUUCUUUUCUUUUCUCUUCUCUUUUCUUCUCUUCUCUUCUCUUUUUUGUUCUUGUUCUUUUCUUUCCUUUUUUUUUCUUUUUUUUUAAUCUCGAUUACGCGGACGAUACGAGAGAAGAUCGAACGAGAUCUCGACGAGACGACGCGUUUCGCGAACGAUCACGGCAAUUUGGAGAAAGAAAAAGCGAAAAGGGAGACGUAGGAUAGAAGAAGAGGAAGAGGAAGAAAAAGAAGAAAAGUUUGAAAUUUUGAUUUAUCGAAGAAAGAAAGAAAAAUAAAUAAAUAAAUAAAUAAAUAAAUAAAGAAAUAAGUAAAUAAAUAAAUAAAUAAAUAAAUAAAUAGAGAAAAGAGAAUAUCGUGAUGGAUAUUUAGGUGUUAGGUAAAAAAAAAAAAAAAAGAAAAAAAAGAAAAAAGGGAUAAGUGAGAGAUUCAUCGUUCGAAACUCUUUCUCUCGAGAAAAGAGAGAAAGAGAGACAAUCGUGAGGACACAGUUGAGAUUUGAUCAGUGAUUUUUCGAGCUUAUGCCUCGAACGUGUGAAUGACAUUGGUUCUCGAGGUGGAAUUCAUUCCUUAUUCUAUUACUAAGGAUCUAUAUCGACUCGACGCGAAAGAGAGAAAGGAAUAAAAUAUUUUGUGCGCGACCAUUCUUCUUUCCUUUUCUGGUGAACAGUGAUUUUUUUUUCUUUCUUUUCUUUCCUCUCAUCCCCCCCCCCUUCUUCGCGAUAAUAAUCAUCUCGAUUAUUCUCUACAUUAUCUUUCUCCCUCGUGCCCCAUAUACUUACCCUUUACUCGUAUCCAUCGAUCGGUUUAUCGGUCCAUGUAUUACACGUGAAAAAGGCGUACAAUAUAUGUACGUACGAGAAGUGGAAUCGCUCGAACGAGGGAGGGGAGGGAAGGUUACAGUUGCACGAGUUUGAAACAGCCGCCUCUUCGUGCGAUUGGUGAUCAACAUCCGGAGGGAAUAGUGCGCUGUGCUCCCCGACAAAACCCUCUCCCGUUUUUCCCGGGAUCGAGAAUAAUCGACACUUCGCGGAUCCAGCCUCGCUAUACGUGUUUUAAAAUAAAAAGUGUCACGUGUUGUUACAAGUUUUACAAGUUUUCGUUCGUCGUCGUUUGGGAUAAGGAUUCGAUAAAUCUCAAGAUUUUUGUUCUCGGUUUUUACGCCGCGCUCGAAACGUUUUUCUUUUUUUUCUUUUUCUUCCUCCUUCCUUCUUUUCCUCUCUUCUCCCCAUUAGGAUUCUAUUUUUUUUUCUUUCCUUAUCGAGCGAACUCGAAGAAGCGACGAGUCGAAGGAAAAGUGCGUGAAAAUACGUAGAACGUGACCGAAGGGAGAAUCGAGAACGAUAAAGGUGCAGUGCUCCGCGCCAUCUUGCUUCCGUUGUGCCGCCCCGUUUCAGAACCGUGUUGCUUUUUUUGGACCGGUCGAAACGAAUCGCUGGUGUAUCGUUUCAGUCUGUUUCGAUCGAUCGUUAAAUCGUAUCUUUUUCGAAAACAACCUCUCGCGUCGCGUAUUUAUUUUUGCAAUGUUUCGUUUUUAUUUUUCCAUAUUUAACGCGUCAUCAUUUUCGAUUAUUAACGCCUUUUCGAUUCGUACAAUCGUGCAUAUUCUUCUUUCGCAUAAAUUCGAGAAUUCAUAAGUUGGAAAUAAAUAUUAUUCCGUAAAUAUUUUUUUCAUUCUCUCUUCUUCUUCUUCUUCUUUCGUUGCACAAUAUAUUUUAUUACGCGACUUCCGGUUGGCCAUCGAAGAGUAAUAGAGUUACGCAACACGCGUAUUCGCUCUCUCUCUGUGAUUUACAUAAUAAAAUAAUCUGAUAAUACCAGUACUAUAAUAAUAAUAAUAAUAAUAAUAAUAAUAAUAAUAAUAACAAUAAUAACAAUAAUAAUAAUAAUAUAUCUUUUGAAUCGAAAAGAUUUCGAAAAGAUUCGAUAGAUAUUCCUCCCUUCUAAAUUCUUCCGUAUUAUUGCCGUGAUUACAAAAAAAUAAAAAAAAUAAUAAAUUUAUCAGACGGAGAAAGAGAUAGAUAAGGAAUAGAAUUACGAAGAAAGGUUACCGUGGGCCGCGCAGAACGUGCCGCCAGAAGUAGUCCGUCCGCCGCCGAAUUCUCCGAGGAACGAGGAUAAGAGCGAAGGAACGAAGUGACAAGCAAGUUUCUUCCCACCCUGUGUGCGCGUGCGAGUGCGAUACGUGGGAAAACAACGACGUAGAGAAGGCACGUAGACCUUCCGAGAGGAGCGAGAGGGAGAGACGGAUAUUGGAGGAAAGCGGAAAGAAAGAGGGAGAGAGAGAGAGAGAGAGAGAGGAAGAGAAGGAAAUCCAUACAUCCCGCGAGUGGAAAUAAGAAUCGAAGAUGCCGAAGCCGAAGCCGCAAGAAGGAGAGGAUCCCGAUCCAACCCCGUACCUCUUCGUCUCCCUUGAGCAGAAGAGAAUCGAUCAGACGAAACCUUACGACGCGAAAAAGGCAUGCUGGGUACCGGACGAGAAAGAGGGCUACGUUCUUGGCGAGAUCAAGGCGACCAAGGGUGAUGUCGUUUCCGUUGGCUUACCUGGCGGCGAGACCAAGGACUUCAAAAAGGACCAAUUGCAACAAGUAAACCCACCGAAAUAUGAGAAAUGCGAGGAUAUGUCGAAUUUAACUUAUCUCAACGAUGCUUCGGUCCUGCACAAUUUGAAGCAACGUUACUACGCCAAACUUAUUUACACCUACUCUGGCCUCUUCUGUGUAGCUAUUAACCCCUACAAAAGAUUCCCCGUAUACACCCAAAGAUGCGCAAAACUUUAUCGAGGCAAAAGGCGUAACGAGGUGCCACCUCACAUUUUCGCCAUUUCCGACGGAGCUUACGUCAAUAUGCUUACCAACAGUGAGAAUCAGUCCAUGUUGAUCACCGGUGAGUCUGGUGCCGGGAAGACUGAGAACACGAAGAAAGUAAUCGCGUACUUCGCCACCGUCGGUGCCUCGACCAAGAAAUCGGACGAUCCAACCCAAAAGAAAGGCUCUCUGGAAGAUCAGGUCGUUCAAACGAACCCUGUCCUGGAAGCGUUCGGCAAUGCCAAGACCGUCCGUAACGACAACUCUUCGCGUUUCGGUAAAUUCAUCCGUAUCCACUUUGGACCUUCUGGAAAAUUGGCCGGUGCCGAUAUCGAGACAUAUCUGCUGGAAAAGGCUCGUGUCAUCUCGCAACAAGCUUUGGAACGCUCUUAUCACAUUUUCUACCAAAUGAUGUCAGGCUCGGUUGCUGGAUUAAAGGACAUGUGUCUCUUGUCCGACAACAUAUACGAUUAUGUUAACGUAUCUCAAGGAAAAAUCACGAUCCCCAACGUCGACGAUGGCGAGGAAUGUAUACUGACGGACCAAGCCUUCGACGUACUGGGCUUCACCCAAGAGGAGAAGAACGACAUCUACAAGAUCACUGCCGCUGUGAUGCAUAUGGGUGGUAUGAAGUUCAAGCAAAGGGGUCGAGAGGAACAGGCCGAAGCCGAUGGUACAGAGGAAGGUGAACGCGUGGCCAAAUUGUUGGGUUGCGACUGUGCCGAUCUUUACAAGAACUUGUUGAAACCAAGGAUCAAGGUCGGUAACGAGUUCGUCACGCAAGGUCGUAACAAGGAUCAGGUUGCGUAUUCGGUGGGCGCCAUGUCGAAAGCCAUGUUCGACAGGUUGUUCAAAUGGUUGGUGAAAAAAUGUAACGAGACUUUGGACACGAAGCAAAAGAGGCAACACUUCAUCGGUGUACUGGAUAUUGCCGGUUUUGAGAUCUUUGAUUAUAACGGUUUCGAGCAACUGUGUAUCAACUUCACGAACGAGAAACUGCAACAAUUCUUCAAUCAUCACAUGUUCGUCCUCGAGCAAGAGGAGUAUAAGAAAGAGGGUAUCGUCUGGCAAUUUAUCGACUUUGGAAUGGACUUGGCUGCCUGUAUCGAACUGAUCGAGAAGCCUAUGGGUAUCCUGUCGAUUCUUGAAGAAGAAUCUAUGUUCCCGAAAGCGACGGACAAAACGUUUGAGGAGAAGCUGAACAACAAUCACCUUGGCAAGAGUCCUAAUUAUUUGAAACCGAAACCACCGAAACCGGGCCAGCAACCGGCUCACUUCGCUAUCGGCCAUUAUGCCGGAAACGUACCUUACAAUAUCACGGGUUGGCUGGAGAAGAACAAGGAUCCGUUGAACGACACGGUGGUCGACCAAUUCAAAAAAUCCGGGAACAAACUGUUGGUGGAGAUAUUCGCCGAUCAUCCCGGACAGUCGGGCGAUGCUGGUGGUGGCGGUGGCGGCAAAGGUGGACGCGGCAAGAAGGGCGGUGGCUUCUCCACGGUCUCUUCGUCCUACAGGGAACAAUUGAACAAUCUGAUGACCACUCUCAGAGCCACCCAGCCUCACUUCGUCCGUUGUAUCAUCCCCAACGAGAUGAAGCAGCCGGGUGUCAUAGAUUCUCACCUUGUCAUGCAUCAAUUGACUUGUAACGGUGUACUUGAGGGCAUUCGUAUUUGUCGUAAAGGAUUCCCCAACAGGAUGGUCUAUCCUGACUUCAAAUUACGGUACAAGAUUCUUGCACCGGCGGCGGUUGACAAGGUGGCUUCCGACCCGAAGAAGGCUGCUGAGGCGAUUUUGGAAUCGACCGGUCUUGAUCCCGAUCAGUAUCGUCUUGGACACACCAAGGUAUUCUUCCGUGCCGGAGUGUUGGGUCAGAUGGAAGAGUUCCGUGACGAACGAUUGAGCAAAAUCGUGUCCUGGAUGCAAGCCUACAUCAGAGGCUACCUGUCGAGAAAGGAUUACAAGAAGCUGCAGGAGCAACGUUUGGCUUUGGUCGUGGUGCAAAGAAAUUUGAGGAAGUAUCUGCAAAUUCGUACUUGGCCGUGGUGGAAGUUGUGGCAGAAAGUUAAACCUCUCCUCAACGUAACUCGUAUCGAGGACGAGCUUGCCGCGCUCGAGGAGAAAGCGAGAAAGGCCCAAGAGGCGUUCGAGAAGGAGGAGAAGCUGCGCAAGGAGCUCGAGGAGCAGAACAGUAAACUCACCACGGAGAGGGAUGCCUUGCAACGGCAAUUGGACGGAGAGAAGGGCUCCCUCUCGGAAUAUAUGGAGAAAUCGUUGAAAUUGGCAGCUCAGAAGGCCGAUCUCGAGUCGCAACUUCAGGAUCUGAACGACAGAUUCAAAGAAGAGGAGGAUACGAGAAACAAUCUGUUCCAAAACAAGAAGAAAUUGGAACAGGAAGUGGCGGGCCUGAAGAAAGAUAUCGAGGAUUUGGAACUUAACCUGCAGAAGUCGGAGCAGGACAAGGCGACCAAGGAUCAUCAGAUCCGUAACUUGAACGACGAGAUCGCUCAUCAGGACGAGUUGAUCAACAAAUUGAACAAGGAGAAGAAGAAUCAGGGCGAGGUUAAUCAGAAGACCGCCGAAGAGCUUCAAGCUGCCGAGGAUAAGGUCAAUCACUUGAAUAAAGUGAAGAUCAAAUUGGAACACACUCUGGACGAACUGGAAGAUUCAUUGGAACGUGAAAAGAAAUCACGAGCCGACGUAGAGAAGGCGAAGCGAAAGGUGGAAGGUGAUUUGAAACUUACUCAGGAAGCUGUCGCGGAUCUCGAAAGGAACAAGAAGGAACUCGAGCAGACCAUACAACGCAAAGACAAAGAAUUGUCGUCGUUGACCGCGAAACUCGAGGAUGAACAAUCGUUGGUGGGCAAACUGCAGAAACAGAUCAAGGAGUUGCAAGCCCGUAUCGAAGAAUUGGAGGAAGAGAUCGAAGCUGAACGCGGCUCGCGAGUGAAAGCGGAGAAACAGCGCAGCGACUUGGCGCGGGAACUCGAGGAACUAGGCGAACGUUUGGAGGAAGCUGGUGGCGCCACGUCCGCCCAAAUCGAGCUCAACAAGAAGAGAGAGGCCGAGCUCAGCAAACUUCGCAGAGACCUCGAGGAGGCCAACAUCCAACACGAAACCACUCUGGCCAAUUUGCGCAAGAAGCACAACGAUGCCGUUGCCGAGAUGGGAGAGCAAAUCGACACGCUCAACAAAUUGAAAGCUAGGGUUGAAAAGGACAAGGUUCAAUACUUCAGCGAAUUAAACGACAUGCGCGCAUCGGUAGACCAACUGAGCAACGAAAAGGCCGCCCAAGAGAAGAUCGUGAAACAACUGCAACACCAAUUGAACGAGACCCAAGGUAAAUUGGAGGAGGUGAACCGCACGUUGAACGAUUUCGAUGCCGCCAAGAAGAAAUUGUCGAUCGAGAACAGCGAUCUGUUGAGGCAAUUGGAGGAGGCCGAGUCCCAGGUGAAUCAAUUGUCCAAGAUCAAGAUAUCGCUGACGACCCAGCUCGAGGACACGAAACGAUUGGCCGACGAGGAGUCGAGGGAGCGGGCCACCCUCCUCGGCAAGUUCCGCAACUUGGAGCACGACUUGGACAACAUUCGGGAACAGGUGGAGGAGGAGGCCGAGGGCAAGGCCGAUCUCCAGAGGCAGUUGAGCAAGGCGAACGCCGAGGCCCAGUUGUGGCGCACCAAGUACGAGUCGGAAGGCGUGGCGAGGGCGGAGGAAUUGGAGGAGGCGAAGAGGAAGUUGCAGGCGCGGUUGGCCGAGGCGGAGGAGACGAUCGAGUCGUUGAAUCAAAAGGUUCUCGCAUUGGAGAAGACGAAGCAGAGAUUGUCGACCGAGGUGGAGGACUUGCAGAUCGAGGUGGAUCGCGCGACGGCGAUCGCGAACGCCGCGGAGAAGAAGCAGAAGGCGUUCGACAAGAUCAUCGGCGAGUGGAAGCUCAAAGUGGACGACCUAGCAGCGGAACUGGACGCCAGCCAAAAGGAGUGCCGCAAUUACAGCACGGAAUUGUUCAGGCUCAGAGGUGCGUACGAGGAAGGGCAGGAGCAAUUGGAGGCGGUACGCCGCGAGAACAAGAAUCUGGCCGACGAGGUGAAGGAUCUGUUGGACCAGAUCGGCGAGGGAGGACGAAACAUUCACGAGAUCGAGAAGGCGAGAAAGCGGUUGGAGGCUGAGAAGGACGAGCUCCAGGCGGCCCUCGAGGAAGCGGAGGCCGCUUUGGAACAGGAGGAGAACAAAGUGUUGCGCAGCCAGCUCGAGUUGAGCCAAGUGAGACAAGAGAUCGACCGCCGCAUCCAAGAGAAGGAGGAGGAAUUCGAAAAUACCAGGAAGAAUCACCAACGUGCCCUCGAUUCUAUGCAAGCGUCGCUCGAGGCCGAGGCCAAGGGUAAAGCCGAGGCGUUGCGCAUGAAGAAGAAACUGGAGGCGGACAUCAACGAGUUGGAGAUCGCUCUGGAUCACGCGAACAAGGCGAACGCCGAGGCUCAGAAGAACAUAAAGAGAUACCAGCAGCAGUUGAAGGAUGUCCAGACGGCGCUGGAGGAGGAGCAAAGGGCGCGCGACGAGGCGAGGGAAUUGCUCGGGAUUUCGGAACGCCGGGCGAACGCUCUCCAGAACGAGCUCGAGGAGAGCCGUACCCUUCUCGAGCAAGCGGAUCGCGGGCGUCGCCAGGCUGAACAAGAGUUGGCCGAUUGCCACGAGCAGUUGAACGAAUUGGGCGCCCAGAACGCCUCUAUCUCCGCAGCCAAGAGGAAACUCGAGGCCGAACUUCAAACCCUGCACUCCGAUUUGGACGAGUUGUUGAACGAGGCGAAGAACUCCGAGGAGAAAGCGAAGAAAGCGAUGGUGGACGCCGCGAGAUUGGCCGACGAGCUUCGAGCCGAGCAGGAUCACGCCCAGACCCAGGAGAAACUCCGCAAAGCGCUCGAGACCCAGAUCAAGGAGCUUCAGGUACGCUUGGACGAGGCCGAGGCGAACGCUUUGAAAGGUGGUAAGAAGGCGAUCCAGAAAUUGGAGCAACGCGUCCGCGAAUUGGAGAACGAACUCGACGGAGAGCAGAGGAGACACGCCGAUGCCCAGAAGAAUCUCCGCAAAUCCGAACGUCGCAUCAAGGAGCUUAGCUUCCAGGCCGACGAAGAUCGCAAGAACCACGAGCGUAUGCAAGAUUUGGUCGACAAGCUGCAGCAGAAGAUCAAGACGUACAAGAGGCAGAUCGAAGAAGCGGAAGAGAUCGCCGCUCUGAAUCUCGCGAAAUUCCGCAAGGCGCAACAGGAGCUGGAGGAGGCGGAGGAAAGGGCGGACCUUGCCGAGCAGGCGAUCACCAAGUUCCGUACCAAGGGACGCGGAGGAAGUGCCGCGCGUGGACUGAGCCCAGCGCCUCAUCGACCUGCGUUCAAACCCCAAUUGGAUGGUUCCGCAUUCCCGCCACGCUUCGACCUGCAGCCCGAUGGUGAACUGUAAAAAUCUCUAUCUGCGACCAAAUAUUGUAUUUUUGUUAGAAAACACAUUAUCGCAACAGCUUAACGAACGAAGGAAUUAAUCGCAAUCGGCGAACUUUCAUCGUGUCUCAUCUCAUUCGAAUAACUCAUCCCAUUAUCUUCAUACCUACGCAUACCUUGUUGUUCGCGUUGUUCGGUAGAAUACGGAAAGAAUGUCGUCGCGAUACCCACGCUUGGUCACCUUGCCAGUUUCGAGAAAUAAAAGAAGAAGAAAGAAAGAAAGAAAGAAAGAAAAAAACGGUAUAUGAAAAAUAUUUUUGCUCGUUUUAAACGUUUUUAGCGUAUAUAUAUUUAUUUAUAUACGAUGUAUAUGCAAGCAAGUACUAUUAUUAAGAAGAUCGAUGUUGGGAAAAGAAAAAAAAAAUGGGUGGUGAUAUAAGUGGAGGAGAAGGAGAAAUGACUUCACCACUCGCGCUGACGGUCGAGGAAAGAGAGAAUGAAAGAAAAGAGUGAGUGGGAGAGCAAGAGAAAGAAAGAGAGAGAGGAAGGAUACGAGCGGCCGAAAUGCAACGCGAUUGAUCGAAAGUCGAGAAACGUUAACACGUUAAUACGUGGCAUACUGGCAUACGCGCGUAUCAAGCGGACGAAUCGAUAAAUGGAAAUGAUAUACGCGUUAAAAAAAAAACGAAACGCGAGAUUAUUAGAAAAAAAAAAGAAAAAAAAGAUGAUAAAAAAAUUUAACGCUAGUCACGGAUUUGAACGGCAGCGCGCAAUUAUUAUUAUUAUAAUACGUGUCAUCGAAAUGAUAAUCCUAUCCUAUAAACUUAAUUGUAAUUUAUAAAGAGAGCCGAAGUAUGUAUUUAUUAAUAAAUAAAUAAGCAAUAAAUAAAAUUAAGAACGAAAA